AUGGCACAGAAUCGAGCGCGCGAUGAGCCAUCAGUCGCGCACCGUAAACCUAUCAUUGUUUCCCCGCACGGCGGAAUGAGCUGCGUGGACGACCCGCACGGCGCGUUCAGCUGGGCGGACGGCCCGCUGGGAAGCAGCAGCCCGUCCUUCUUCGCCUCCGACCUCGUCGCCGCGCAUCGCCCUUCGCCCUUCGCGCUCCUCUCGCCACUCCCCGUGUGCGCCGACUCACGCGCCGCGCUGGCGAGCUCGAGUGUGCGCGAGCUGAUGGAGCGAUGCGAAGCUGAACGGCACGACGCGUGGCAGCAGCGCGUGAUGCAGCAGCGCCGGUGGAACGGCGCGGCCGCCCAGCCGAACCACUCCGCUGCGCUCCCCGUGCGCGCCCCGGAGAGCUUCGCGCGGGUCCCAGCGUGGGGCGCAGCAGCAGGCGGCGCUUUGACCCACUCGCAGCCACUGCUGGCCGCAGCAGCAUCGGCUACAGCAGCGCUGUGGGGCGGCAAAACCGCACACGGUGACGCACAAGCAAGAAGCUCUCUGAACGGGCUGUGCAGCCCCACUCACAGUUGGCGAGAGGCAGCAGAGUCGUGUCACACACACUCGCCUUCGCGCCGCGGUGGCGCUGCUGCAGCGAGCGCCACAGGCGGUGCAUACGAGUCGGCGAGCAGGGCCGCUGCUGCUGGUGUUAGCGCAGGUGGGGGGCAGGGUGCGCGUGGGUGUAGCGCGGUGGAAAGGGAGGGCGCGAGAAGGACACCAUCGGAGCAUGGCAAGCUUAGGCGCUCCCAAACGGCCGGAGCAGCCCUGUUGGCAGGAGGAGAAGAGACGGGCGGCAGCGCAGAUGUGAGCGCGUGGCGUGCAGUUAGUGGCGCCGGGGGGAGCCAAGCCACCGCUGCCGCACUCACCUCCUCUCGCCGCCUCCACUCCUGUGCGUCCGCUGUUGCUGCUGCCCCUGGGAGUGGCGGGGACGGUGCGGACGGGUGGAUGUGGGAGUACCAGGGGUGCUGCGAGCACAGCAGUUGGAACCUGAGCAGCGCCGCCCACUCCCCACACACACACCUUCACGUGCCCCACAGCACUGCCCGCACUAGCGGCUCCUCGUUUUUCUCCCCGUCGCACCACGCGCUCACCCCUGCUCACGACCUGCUGCCUGGUUCUGCUUACCUCCACCUCUCUGCGCUUGACGCCUGCUGUGCCUCAGAGCCUCUUGCCCCACGCUGUGCUGUACACUCUCUUGCCCCAUGCCCUGCCAUGGGCUCUGCUGCCACGGGUGCUGCCACGGGUGCUGCCGUGUGCCUAGCAGCAGCAGCAGCAGCAGCAGCAGAGUGGUCGCCACGGGAGGCCACUCCCCCCUCCACGCCCGCCACACCUGCACUGCCGCCCAUCCCCAUUGCACCACCCAGCACUGCCCCUCCUCCACCUCCCACGCCCAGCCUGGCACAGCCGCAGCAGUCCUUCCCGUGUUCUGCUGUCACGGGUGCUGUGGGCAAUGAGGGGAAGGCAGAGAGGUGGUGGGGGAGGCUCACACGGCUGAGGCGGCAGCGCUCGGACAGGCGCAGGCAGGCAAGCAGGAGCCGUGGCCUCUCUGUGCUGCUCACCUGCUGCGUGCACUAA